AUGUGUAAGGUCAUUUUAGGAAUGAGUUUUGUAUAAUUUUGUCUCUAAUUGGUCUUCAACUUUGAGGUUUAAAAAUACGUGAUAUCGACUGUUAAUUGGCAAUGUAACCGUGUUAGUAAGUCAUAGAAUCUGACGAUAAGACCGCGUUAAAAACAAAAUCAUGACCGCAUUCUUUAAGGCGUUGGCACAAAUCAAGAACACAAGCCGCACGGCACUUUAGCAUCCUUCUACACAACCGAGUGUCCCGAAUUCCAACGGAACGAUUGCGCGUGGCUGUUGGCACGCACGAAUGUACAAAAUCAACUACUAACUGCAACCUAUAUCACAAACGUUCUACUCGGAAUCCUCAUCAUGUACAAGGUUUUCUCGUCCUACAACCGCAAGUCAGAGAAGAAGCAACACGAAACGGGCAAACCCCCGAUUCAUCACGCCGAUUCCUCGUACUAUCAAAGCGGCGGCGGAAGCGGCCUAGUACAUCGGUCGGCUAGUGCACAGCGUCUUGAAGGACCAUUCGUAACAUCACCACCACCAUCAGUCCGCAAUGGAGUUCAUGGUUCUCAGAACACGCUGAGACGAACUGCAUCCAAAGACCGGUCGGACUAUCAACAAGGAACUUACUCUAGCGAGUACAGGUGUGUAAACUCUUAUUUACGUAACUAUUAGGCUGUUUAAAUAAUUAUGUGCCCCUCUCGAAGCAAACUUUUGGGUUUAAGGAGCACAGAAUUUUUUGAACGCAACGUCUCAACUUUAAAUUUUACUGUUAAAUUAAUUGUUUUCUUAUAAAAAUUUUAAAAAAGUAACAAAAAUUCAAAUUAAAAAUAAUAUUGUCCAGAAGUCAACAAAACGGUCAUCAAAGCCGUCAUCAAGCUCAUCACGGCUCAACCAGCUCGUUGAGAAACGGUGGGGGCCGUUUCUACGACACUGCCUACGCCGCUGAAUCCGGCGCUGGUGGAGCGUUGACUGAACGUCGCGGCAGCUAUGGCGGGGCCGGAGCUCACUCUCUGCAACGCCAUACUCAAACCCGUUCGAGUCAUCGUCAAGGCUUCAGCGAAUCCUCGUCCUACGAAACCAACGAACACUUUGAACGCAAAGUCGAGCGCGUCAAACGUACUCGCGGCGAACGUUCUCGCUCACGUUCCAAGACGGCGAGCGGUAGCAGCGAGUACGAGAGCCGUGAACGGAUGGCGAUUAAGGUAGGGGUGACAGUGUUUUAGUUUGUUUUGAUAAUUUAUUGUGGUUUUUUGUAGUAUUUUUUGUUUUUUUUUAUUUUGUUUGAACUUUUUUAAAAUGACGUUGUUUUUUGUUGGAAAUUUUAAAAUUCGAACUUGGUUUCUUGUGUUAUCUCUCAACUUCUGUCGCUUCUUGUUUUAUGUUGCGCAAAAUGUAUUUGAUCAAAGCAAAAGGGAUUAAACUAUGACUUCCAGUCAAAAAAAGUUAAGUAAAUACUCUAAACAAUAUUACAAAAUAAAUUGAAGCUUUGACAGUUAUAAAAAUGAACUGUCACAAGUUACAAUAACUCAGUUUGGUACAUAUAAACUUACGACAGUCAAGUUCAUAAAACAUAAAGCCACAACAGGAAGCUAUAACAGCCUAGUUUGGUACACAUAGAGCUACGAAAGUCUAGUUCUUACACAUACAGCCACAACAGGAAGCUACAACAGCUUAG